GGCAGCAGAGGCGGAAGUGGGUCACGUUAGCACGGGAAGUAGUUUGUAGCACUAGCGGCAGCUCAUCAUGAAUCCGCUGACGAAGGUGAAGCUGAUCAACGAGCUGAACGAGCGCGAGGCCGACCUCGGCAUCAAUGAAUCCGUCUCCUGGCACAAUGUGUACCGAGACAGCGCCUGGCUCUUUGUUGGGGGUUUCCCAUACGACCUGACGGAGGGCGACUUGAUCUGCGUCUUUUCUCAGUACGGCGAGAUCGUCAACAUCAACUUGGUGCGAGACAAGAAAACGGGAAAGUCUAAAGGGUUCUGUUUCAUCUGCUACGAAGACCAGAGGAGCACCGUGCUGGCUGUGGACAACUUCAAUGGAAUCAAGAUUAAAGGUCGCACGCUCCGCGUUGACCACGUCAAAGAUUACCGCCCCCCCAAAGACGGCGAGGACAUGGACGAGGUGACCAAGCGUCUGAGGGAGGAGGGCUGCGCUCCCGCCGUGCCGGAGGCGUCUUCUUCUUCGCUGGAGGAGGAGGAGGAGCUGUACGAGGUCCCGGUCAAGAAACCCAAGAAAGACAAGAAGGAGAAGAAGAAGAAGAAGAAAAAGGAGAAAAAGAAGAAGGAGAAGGAAAGGAAGAGCCGGGCAGACUCCUCCUCCUCAUCCUGCUCCUCCUCGCCUCCUCCUGUCCCUCCUCCUGCCGUCAGAGUGAAGGAGGAGAAGGAGGACGUCGCCUACGACAAGUACAGCCAAAGGAGGGCGCCGUCGUCACAGAACCAGGAGAGAACCAGGGGGGAGGAGGAGGAGCGGAGGAGAGACACAGACUGGGAGGAAGACGGGAGGAGGUGGAGGGAGAGAGAGGGAGAGAGGAGGAGGGAGACGGACAGAGAUGGAGAGAGGAGGAGGGAGAUGGACAGAGAUGGAGACAGGAGGAGGGAGAUGGACAGAGAGGGAGAUAGGAGGAGGGAGACGGACAGAGAGGGAGAGAGGAGGAGAGAGACGGACAGAGAUGGAGAGAGGAGGAGGGAGACGGACAGAGAUGGAGAGAGGAGGAGAGAGACGGACAGAGAGGAGAAGAGAAGAGAUGACAGAAGAAGAGAAGGAGAACGAGAGAGGGAGAAGGACAGAGACCACAGAGGAAGAGACAGAGAAGACAGAAGAAGAGACACAGACAGGAAGUAAAAGGACACAUUCCAACAUUGUCGUUUUAUUUUGAAUCUUUAGGUUUGACAUGCUGAUGUAAAAUGUUCAGGCUAAAGCACCAGACGGAUCUCCCGUUUCUGUUGUCUCGUCGACUUGUUUCAUUCAAACUCCGCUCGGUGAAGUGGAGCUCAUCAUCAUGUGUUGAACUGUAGAAAUGUAAAAAGACGUCAUAACAGCCUCGUAUUUACCUCUGGAAAGUUUCAUCAUUUAUAAUUUGUAAUAAAAGAUUUUCAGGAGAAACAUUUGUGGUUUGUUUAUUUUUUCUUAAGCAUGCUGCUUCUGUUUACACACAUUUGACAGUGAGUUGUCAUAUUAUUACUUUUAAGUUGACUAUGGAGUUAAAAUCCUGUUAUGUUUUCCAAAGAGGAAAUCUGAAAGUUUUUACCCAAACUUUGUGGAAAAAAUCAUUUCACCAUCAGAGGUUUUUGUUUCUCACUUUGAUUGCUUUCCAAUCAAUCUGCUCUUCAAUUCAGUGCCUUUUUAAAUCAGUUCUUUCUUCUUUUCUAUGUUUGCAGCACCACCAAA